AACAAAGUCAGUACGACUCAAGUACGAGGGAGGCUGCCAGGGAGGAUGCGUGUGAGCAGCAGCUGUUGCGGAGCGCCGCGGCUUUAAGUUCGCGUGACUCGACACGUGGCUGGCCGGCUCGGUACGGCCGUGUUCCCAGUCGCUGGACCACAUUCUUCUCACGGCCCGGGAGCCACCGUUGAUCGCGUGAACACGGGGGAGGGAGGGUGGACGUGAGCCGGACUUGCCGCAAUGGCUCCAUCGCCUCCGCCGCGGCUGGAGCCUCAGGUCCGCCCCACUGGCCGAGCUCGACGGACAGGCGGCCAACAGCCACUGGCGAGGUUGCUGCUGCUGCUGACAUCAGCCAUCGUUGCGCAGCCUGGCGUCUGCCACCCACAGUGCUUGGACUUCAGGCCACCGUUCAAGCCCCCGCAGCCACUCCGCUUCUGCUCGAUUUACAGCAACUUCGGCUGCUGCGAUGCCGAACAGGACGCUGCGGUGGAGAGGCGCUACUGGGAGGUGGCCGACUACCUGCAGCCGGACGGCUACCACCACUGCAGUGGCUUUGUUCGAGACAUUCUGUGCCAGGUGUGCUCGCCAUACGCCGCGCACCUGUACGACGCCGAGGACCCAUCAACCCCGACGCGCUCCCUGCCGGGCCUGUGCCCCGCCUACUGCAGCCUCUUCCACCACCGCUGUCGCCCGACACUCAGCCUCCUGGCCGCCCAGGCAGACGCCCCUGGGCUGCACGAACUCCUGCAGAGCUCUCCCGGCGACCUGGAAGCUGAUCGGCAGCACAUCUGCCGCUACUUGUCGCUCAGUGACCCCGACUACUGCUUCCCCAGUGUUGUCACAAACACGCGGUUUUCCAAGGGACUAGGUCGCAUCCUUGCUGGGGCUGAUGGCUGUCUCCAGCUGUGCUUGCAGGAGGUGGCCAACGGCCUCCGGAACCCCGUGGCCAUGGUGCACGCAGGGGACGGGUCGCACCGCAUGUUUGUGGCCGAGCAGGUGGGCGUCGUGUGGGUCUACCUGCCCGGCGGGUCCCGCCUGGUGACCCCUUUCCUAAACAUCAGCGAAGCCGUGCUCACGUCAUCGUGGGAGGGCGACGAGCGUGGGUUCCUGGGUCUCGCCUUCCACCCGGACUACGCGCGCACGGGCAAGGUCUACGUCUACUACUCCGUCUACGUAGAUUUCGAUGAGAGGAUCCGCAUCAGCGAGUUCAUCCGAAGGCCCGACGAUCCUAAUCGGCUUGACCACAAGUCUGAACGAUUCAUCUUGGAGAUCACAGAGCCAGCGGCUAAUCACAAUGGGGGGCAGCUGCUGUUCGGUGAAGAUGGCUUCCUCUACAUCUUCACCGGCGAUGGGGGAAUGGCAGGAGACCCCUUCGGCCGCUUUGGAAAUGCCCAGAAUAAGUCUGCCCUGCUGGGAAAGGUCCUGCGUGUGGACGUGGACGGCAACGACGUGGGGGCACCGUACCGUGUGCCGCCCGAAAACCCUUUCGUGGGGGAGCGUGACGCCAGGCCCGAGGUGUACGCCUACGGCGCCCGCAACAUGUGGCGCUGCUCAUUCGAUCGCGGCGACCGGCUGACGGGCGCGGGCCGCUCACGCCUCUUCUGCGGCGACGUGGGGCAGAACAAGUUUGAGGAGAUUGACAUCGUGGUGCGGGGUGGCAACUACGGCUGGCGGGCCCGGGAGGGAUUCUCAUGCUAUGACAAGAAGCUCUGCAUCAACACCUCGCUCGACGACAUCCUGCCAAUCUUCGCGUAUCCACACUCGGUGGGCAAGUCGGUGACGGGGGGUUACGUCUAUCGAGGCUGCGAGUCCCCUAACCUCAACGGACUCUACAUCUUCGGAGACUUCAUGAGUGGGGUGCUGAUGGCUUUGGAGGAGGGUCCGGACGGAGCGUGGCACAAGCGUGACCUGUGCAUGGGCACUGGUCAGACUUGCGCCUUCCCAGGACUCAUCAACAACUACCACAGCGCCAUCAUCUCUUUUGGAGAGGACGAGUCUGGCGAGCUCUACUUCAUGUCCACCCCUCUCGCCAUUUCCACGGAGCCACACGGAACGUUGUACAAGCUCGUGGAUCCCUCACGCCGUGCCGCUCCAGGGAGCUGCCACUGGGAACCGAGACCUGUGCAUGUGCUGGGAAAGACCGUUGCCUUCAUCCCCAGAGAGACUCUGAUCCUGGAUGAGGUGCCCCUGACGGAGGCUCCCAGCACUAUGCAGCCACCCAGGCAAGAGCAAAGGCCUGAGGUGACACAGAGGCGGCCCGCACCAGAUCGGCAGCUGGACACGGCGGGACGCUCCCACACCUUCAACUACCACGAGUACGGGAUCCUGCCAGGCACCCAGUCGACCCCACAGAAGAACAUUCCGGACGCAACUCAGCAUCCGACCGCGUCCAAGAGGAGAAAGGACUCCACCGCGAAGCAGGGCGGGAAGCGCCCGCGGCAGGGCGCCGUGCGGCUGGCGGGCGAGCGAGGUGGCCUGGCCCGGCACCGCGGCCGCGUCGAGGUGUUCGCGGGCGGUCGCUGGGGCACGGUGUGCGACGACCGCUGGGCCUUGCCAGCGGCGACCGUUGUGUGCCGUCAGCUGGGCUUCCCCGGCGCCCUGCGCGCCUCCAAGCGCGCCGAGUUCGGCGAGGGCGGCGCGCUGCCGCUGCUGCUGGACGACGUGAGCUGCGGCGGCGGCGAGCGCUCGCUCGUGGCGUGCCGGCACCGGGGCGUGGGAGUCCACGACUGCGAGCCGGGCGAGGAGGCGGGCGUGGUGUGCGCCACACACGAGGCCCAGCUCACCGCAUGGGCCAACGGCGACGAGGACGACUGAAGCGCGAGGGGCGAGGAGCGGCGGGUGGUGCAUGCGCACGCGCACGCAGGGAGAUCGCUGCGUGGGGUUGAUGGCGCCGUUGGGUGAAUGUGGGUUGUUAGGCUCGCGUCGAGAAUGGUUUCAGACUAAGGGAUGUGCCGUUGGAAAUGGUGUACAAGCACAGCCAUACACAUGACUGUCAUACGCUGGGUUUGGGCGACUUUGUGAAUUAGCUAAGUGUGCAUGGAUUUGACAAUUGACUGCAAAAUUCCGUGGAUAAUUCUUUGUAGGUUAAAUGUGAACGCCUGGAUAUGGACGACAGAGCAGAAGAUGACUGUUGAUUAAUGUGGGUGACUGAGGGAGGGUGAACAUCGAUGAUUGAAAAGAUGUCUUGUGACUCGUUACGAGGCUAGUUGUGGAUAACUGAUUGGAUGAGUACGUCUAAAAUGACGUGUAGAUGGAGAAGGGUUGACCGAGGGAUGACUGGGAUGACCAAUAGUUGGAUAGCUGUGUGCAGGUGAAAAAUUGCGACAAUUUCAGGCCAUGGAGCCACAUUGGCCUAAUGCUCAAUAGAAUGAUCAAUAGAAUAGAAUUGCAUUUCAAAUUUAAGAGAUCGCUUUUUAGAUUAUCCAAAUGUGGAUUCAUAAAAAUAUAAGAAAAAAAAGAAGUCCGGUGCCUGGUGGUCCAGGGGUCAAAUCACUGAGCCGGCACUGCUGAGAUUUUUGUGUUUAAAUCUGGGCAGCCACUCUUGAUUAAUGCAGUUUCUGUGAAGUGUAGCGGGUCGAUAGUGUGUCGAUAGUGUCGGCCUGUCAAUUGGCGAUCACCUCAAGUGGGUUGAACUGUUCUGUCGGAGUUCCCAAUGGAUACUUCACGACACGAUACAAAUGGCACAAUUGGGAUGAAAGUGGGAAGAAAAAACAAUCAGAUGUAAAAUUGCAAUGUCACUUUAUUCAGCUCUCAUAAUUAAAUAAUUGUGUUCAUUGCAAUGCAGAGCAAUUAUAAUUUAGCUUUUUGUAGGGGAUGCAUGUCUUUAAACCGGUGAUUCGCAACGUUCGUUUCGGUGAAUUGCAAAUAUGAAAAUCAUGAAUUUCUUGAUUUUGA